UAAAAAUAACUGCUUUAGUAUCGCAACUAAGGAAAUCCGAGAUUCCAUUAAGCGGCGAAUCGACCCUCUGAGUCGAACAAAAAACAAAGGCGACAAUGAUUUCAGCUACUCUCAUCAUGUCUCUGUGGCUCCCAGUAUUUUGCCAAGGGUAUCCUGAAAUUGUUUCUGCACCAAGUGAUCCCCUGAUUGCCCGUAGCGAAGACAAAGCUACCCUCAAUUGGACGCUUGAGUUGCCUCCCUCAGAGACGUGGAAUAGUAGCAUAUUUGAAGUGGUGUUUGGAAUCUGGAAAGAUCCAGGAUUCCUGAAAACAAAACUCUUGGUCAUCGAUAGACAUGGUGAGGUAUUGAUAAGACCAAACUAUGAGAAAAAAAUUAGCUGCGACUUCAACAUGUCCAAGCUUCAAGUUGCAUUCAUUCUCCAUGAUUUAACCAUGAAGGACGAGAAUCAUUACUCUCUUCAGGUUGAGCUUGGCCUUCAUCAGCCUCCUUUGACGGAUCCUGUGAUGCUUCUUCUUGAGGAUUUUCCUAAGAUAACCAGUCCCAAACAGGAAAACUUUUCAGUGAACAUUGGGGAAAACUUGCGAAUAAACAGUCAAGCAAAGGGUCUUCCUGCACCAACCAUAACAUGGACGAAACAGGGGAGAAUUGUUGGUAAUGAUACAUUGGUUGUCAAUGGAGUAACGCCAAACGACAGCGGAGUCUACUUGUGCAGCGCUCACAACCAGGCUGGUGAAGAUCAUAAGGAGAUUGUGGUUACGGUUUUGGAGCAUAAUUAUGGAUCAAAAAAGCUAACAGUUUCUCAUAUGCCAACACAAACAUCACAUGAUAGAGGAAGUCCUGUGUGGUUAUUUCCAGUAGUCAUAGGUGUGUCAGUUUUUUUAAUAGCUGCAGUGGUUGUCUUUCGCUCGCGUGGGCACCGCUGCAAAAGGAACCUCGCUUAUGAGCAGCAUAUUGAUGAAAAAGCAUCAGCUGAGCACUUCACAACUGCCAAGAUCUAGCCUAGAGCCGAUGAGGAGGCUGCAGGUUAGUGACUGAACAGUAUACCUUGAUCAUACUCUAUCAUGGAAUGCAUCAUUAGCUGGUAUACCGAAAUAGUAUCAAAAGCAGCUGUGCAAUUUCUCCAAUUUUUCCUCUUUCUUAACCUCCUGCCGGUUUCUGCUC